AAUUUUAAAGCGACAGAGGGCGCAACCUGCGCUUUCAGAUUUUAGGCUGCUGCAAAUCAUGGCGCUCAGGGUGCUCGUCGGCUGCAAGCGUGUGAUUGAUUAUGCGGUUAAAAUACGUGUCAAGCCUGACAAAACAGGAGUUGUGACUGAUGGUGUUAAGCACAGCCUGAACCCUUUCGAUGAGAUUGCUGUGGAGGAGGCAGUACGAUUGAAGGAGAAGAAAGUAGCCAGCGAGAUAAUUGCUGUGUCAUGUGGGCCUGCUGCAUGUCAGGAAACAUUGAGGACAGCAUUGGCCAUGGGUGCAGACAAGGCCAUCCAUGUGGAAGUAGAAGGCAAAGAGUACGAGACACUGCAGCCUCUACACGUUUCCAAAAUCUUGGCCAAGCUGGCUGCUGACAACAAGGUGGAUGUCAUUAUUGUGGGGAAGCAGGCUAUUGAUGAUGACAGCAAUCAGACAGCCCAGAUGACAGCUGGAAUUUUAGACUGGCCACAGGCUACUUUCGCUUCAAAGAUUGAGAAAGAUGGAGACAGCCUGAAGGUGACGCGAGAGAUUGACGGUGGCCUCGAGCACAUCAAGGUGAAGCUGCCCGCGGUCAUCAGCGCGGAUCUCAGACUGAACGAGCCCCGAUAUGCCACCCUCCCCAACAUCAUGAAAGCCAAGAAGAAGCCUUUGGAGAAGAAGACACCCAAGGACCUGGGUGUGGACGUAGGUGCUCGUAUUGAUAUUGUGAGCGUAGAGGACCCACCAACCAGGGAAGCCGGUACCAAGGUCGAGACUGUGGAUGAGCUACUAGAGAAGCUGAAGGCCUUGGGGCGUAUCUAGAGAUGUCUGGCUCAACUUUGCGCAGCUGCAGAAGUCCAAGAUUUUGGUGGAAGCAAAGUAGUCAACAAAUUGUACACCUGUCCUGAAGUAAUGCUUAAAAUAAAUGAUAUUUUUACAUUC